AUGCAAAUGCUGAUAGGUGUAACAAAGACAAUUAGAUCAGAUACAAGUUUAAACCAAGAAUCUUGUGAACCUUCUUCAGGACAUGAAACAGGAAAUAACUCUCAUUUUUCUCUUGAUGUUCUGCAGCACCCAUCUAGCAUUCAAGCGGUACCAGAAUUAAGUGUAAUGUUUUCACCAGAGACUCGCUUAAACUCUUCAUCAAAAACAUGUAGGUACUGUGGUAAAGAUUUUUUGUUUCAAAGCCGUUUAAAAAGACAUCUAUAUGUACAUACUGGAGAACGGCCAUUUGUUUGUCAGUUUUGUGGAAAAAAAUUCAAUCAGAAAGCUUCACUUGGCCAACAUCUGCUUAUUCAUAGUACAGUUAAACCUUUUGUAUGUAGAGGAUCAAAUGCAGAACUAUACAUCUUUGAUACAGAACCACCAAACAAUAAUAUUACUAAAACUCAAGGUAAUUUGGUCAAUACUCACACUCCUAAAAGUCAAGCUCCUAUCAAUGCUUCACAGAAAUCUGACAAACAAUCUAAGCGCUCAUCUCUUGAUGAGAAAGCUGAAGUUAUUUAUAUGGAAGUUGACUCACCUUAUUUACCUGGUGAUUCAUCUUCUAUGGAUAAUGUGUGGGAUUAUUCCUCUACAAGUUCCCCAGUUCCUUCUUCUCCAAAAAGCAAAGAUGUGUUUGACAGUUUGUUAACAGCAGAUCAAAGAACUUCUGAUAAAAGAACUCAUGAAGGCUUUGCUUCAUGUGUUUCUCAGCAUAGUUUUCCGUAUGCAAAGAAUGCUUAUGUUUUCUCUCAAGAUUCAUCCAUUUAUAAAUCUGGACCAUUUAUGUGUCAAAUAUGCAACAAAGCAUUUCGAAGUAGAACAUCUUUGGCAUAUCAUUGUAAUAUUCACACAGGGGAAAGACCUUAUGCAUGUGAUAUCUGUGGAAAGCGAUUUAAGCAAAAAGGUGCAUUAGGACAGCAUAAAUCUGUUCAUAGUGCUGAAAGGCCAUACAAAUGUAAUCAUUGUGGAAAGAGCUUUAAUCGAAAAUACAGUGCAUUUGCUCAUUCUAUGACACAUUAUAACUAA